AUGGGGAUUCACAUUCCUUCCUCGUCAUCGUGGCGGACACGGCUGCUCUUCCUCCUUGCCGCCGCCACCACAAACACCCUCACCUCCGCCUCGCCCUACCCCAACAUCAAGGGCGACAUCCUCCACGACGCCCGCUACGCCUACCUCGUCGGCCGCACGUGCGCGAGCUUCUGCGGUGAGAACGGCCAGUACUGCUGCGGCGGCAACGAGCACUGCACCACGCUGUCCAACAACGUCGCCACCUGCAUCGUCAACGGCGCCGUCGCCUCGCCGCUCUACACCACCACCUGGACCGAGACGCGCACCUACACCAGCACCAUCCUGACCUGGUUCCUCCCGCCGCCCGCCCCCACCGCCGGCGUCGACUGCGUGCCCCAGCGGCCCGAGUGGGAGGCCUGCGGCGAGAUCUGCUGCGCCGGCUGGCAGACGUGCGCCUUCAAGGGCCAGUGCUCGGCCAAGCCCGGCUACGGCGAGCCCUCGACCGUCGUCGUCACCACCAACGGCGUCGUCACCACCCAGUACUCGGCGCCCUAUCGCGUCACCGGCACCACCACCAUUACCGGCACCGGCGUCCGCUCAACAGAUGCUGGUGCCACUACUAGUACCAGCACGGCCACCUCGACGAGCAGCAGCCACACGUCCACGGCGACGCAGGACCCCGAUAGCAACACCGGAGGCGGCGGCGGCGGUACCGGCACGGGCAACAACAAGCUGAGCGGCGGCGCCAUUGCCGGCAUCGUCAUUGGAUCGCUCGCGGCCGCCGGCCUCCUCAUCCUGCUCUGCUUCUGCUGCAUCGCCCGCGGCCUCUUCCACGCCAUCUUUGGCAAGAAGCGCGAAAAGGUCGACCAGUACGACGACUACAGCAACUCGGCCCACUCGCGCCGCGACCGCCACUCGGGCUGGUUCGGCUUCGGCGGCGGCCGCAACCGUCCCUCGUCCGUCAGCUCCCGCCGCGACGAGAAGAAGAAGUCGAGCGGCGCCUGGUGGCUGGGCAUCGCGGCCGCGGCGACGACGCUGCUGGCCCUGCUCAACUUCCGCAAGAAGGACAAGAAGGCGGCGCCGUCGCGCAAGGGCACCGCCUCGCGCUACUCGGACUCGUACUACAGCUACUCCGACUACACGGGCGUCAGUCCUAGCAGCGCUAGCUCCGGUCGCAGGACGGCUCGCACGGCGCGCACGGCGCGGUCGGGGCGCUCGCGGACCAGCCGGGACAGCCGCAGCCGAAUGGACAGCCGCAGCCGGGUGACGAGAUCUGCCUACACGACUAGAUCGUCUCGCCGCGAUUAA